GUAUGGUCAAACAUCUACAGACGACGUAUGUGGUAGAAGGCUAGGAGUCAGAGUCACGUUGGGCAUCUCGCAUCGCCUGGAGAAGACGAAGUAGGAGGGAGAGAGAGAUCGAGAGAGAAUCGGGCGACGGCGAUGGAGGAUAAAUAUAGGGAACUGAAGGCGGCCGUGGAGGCGGUGUCGGCGGUCGACGCCCACGCCCACAACCUGGUCGACAUCCGUUCCUCCUUCCCUUUCCUGCGCUGUUUCUCCGAGGCCAAGGGCGACGCUUUACCCUUUGCCCCUCAUACUCUCUCCUUCAAGAGGAGUUUGAGGGAUCUAGCUGCCUUAUAUGGCUGUGAGGUUUCGCUGAGUAGUUUGGAACAUCACCGAGAAUCUUCAGGGUUACUUUCCAUCAGUGCAAAAUGUUUUGGAGCUGCCAAUCUAUCUGCAAUAUUUCUUGAUGAUGGAAUUCAGUUUGAUAAAAUGAAUGACUGGGAGUGGCACAAGUCUUUUGCUCCUGCAGUUGGCAGAAUUUUGAGAAUUGAGCAUUUAGCUGAAACAAUUCUUAAUGAUGAUGCUCACAGGACAUCAGAGUGGACAAUUGAAUCAUUCAUUGAAGAAUUUCUAGCAAGGAUGAAAUUGGUUGCCAAAAGAAUUGUAGCCUUGAAAAGCAUUGCUGCUUACAGAAGUGGUCUAGAAAUAGAUACAGAGGUUAGCAAAUCGGAUGCCGAGAAGGGUCUUUUGGAAGACUUAAAUGCUGGCAGACCUGUCCAUAUCAAGAAUAAGAGCUUCAUAGAUUUUUUAUUUACAUGUAGCUUGGAAGUUGCUUUGUCGUAUGACUUACCUAUGCAAAUUCACACAGGCUUUGGAGACAAGGAUUUGGAUUUACGACUAAGCAACCCCCUGCACUUGCGGAAGGUUCUUGAGGACAAGAGAUUUUCAAAAUCGAAAAUUGUUCUUUUGCAUGCAUCGUAUCCAUUUUCCAAAGAAGCUUCAUAUCUUGCUUCAGUUUAUUCCCAGAUCUAUCUUGACUUUGGAUUGGCGGUGCCAAAACUUAGUGUGCAAGGGAUGAUUGCUUCCGUGAAAGAACUUUUAGAACUAGCACCUAUAAAGAAGGUGAUGUUCAGUUCUGAUGGGUAUGCCUUCCCGGAGACUUUUUUUUUAGGUUCAAAGCGGGCACGUGAAGUAGUUUUUAAUGUUCUGGCAAGAUCAUGUGAUGAUGGUGAUCUUUCUGUUUCUGAGUCAUUAGAAGCGAUAGAGGAUAUCUUUAGAAGGAAUUCUUUGCAGCUAUACAACUUUAAUGGUGUUGCUGGCUCUAUUGAAAGCCAAAGUGUUGCUUCUCUGAAUGUGAUUUCUAGGAUUCCACCAUAUAAAGAUGGUGUUGCAUUUGUUCGUAUUAUUUGGGUAGAUGCAUCAGCUCAACACAGAUGCCGUGUUAUACCAGUCAGUAGAUUUUAUGAAGUCGUCAAGAAUACAGGAGUUGGUUUGACUAUGGCAUCAAUGGGAAUGAGCUCAUUUUGUGAUGGUCCAGCUGAUGGGACCAACUUAACAGCUGUUGGUGAGAUAAGACUUAUACCUGAUCUGUCAACAAAGCAUAGGAUUCCUUGGGCAAACCAAGAAGAAAUGGUACUCGGUGACAUGAAAAUAAAUGCUACUGAAGCUUGGGAAUAUUGUCCAAGAAAUGCACUGCGAAGAUUGACAAGAAUAUUGAUGGAUGAGUUUAACUUGACAAUGAAUGCGGGAUUUGAAAAUGAAUUUUAUCUUCUAAAAAAUGUAACGAGUGAUGGCAAAGAAAGGUGGGUUCCUUUUGACAAGACAAGGUAUUGUUCUACUUCAGCAUUUGAUGCUGCAUCUCCAAUUUUGCAAGAAGUCAAUUCUGCUCUUGAAGCCUUGGGCAUUGCAGUUGAACAGCUUCAUGCAGAAGCUGGACAAGGCCAAUUUGAGAUAUCACUGGGGCAUAAAGAUGCUAAUCUUGCGGCUGAUAACUUAAUUUAUGUACGUGAAGUUGUUAGAUCUAUUGCAAGAAAACAUGGAUUGCUAGCAACCUUUCUUCCAAAGUACCGCUUAGAUGACUUUGGCUCUGGCUCUCAUGUUCAUUUAAGUUUGUGGGAGAGUGGGAGAAAUGUGUUUAUGGGAUCGAAUUUAUCAAAAACUCGGCAUGGAAUGUCAGAACUUGGAGAACAGUUCAUGGCAGGAAUUUAUUAUCAUCUUCCUUCAAUUUUGGCAUUUACUGCUCCACUUCCUAACAGUUAUGAUCGGAUUCAACCAAAUACUUGGAGUGGAGCUUACCACUGUUGGGGAAAAGAGAAUAGGGAAGCUCCAAUAAGGACUGCAUGCCCACCUGGAGUAUCUGCUGACCUUGUUAACAACUUCGAAAUUAAGUCAUUUGAUGGGUGUGCAAACCCGUACUUGUCCCUAGCUGCUAUAAUUGCUGCAGGAAUUGAUGGCCUUCGGAGAAAGCUUAAAUUGCCUGAACCUGUUGAAACAAAUCCUUCCGAUCAUGAUUCAGAACUUGGAAGGCUGCCAACAAAAUUAUCUGAAGCUGUAGAAGCACUCUCUCAAGACAAGGUUUUGAUUGAAUUUCUUGGUGAAAAUCUUGUGACUGCUGUUACUGCUAUCCGUCAGGCGGAGAUUAAAUAUUAUGCUCAAAAUAGUGAUGCCUUCAAGGAGCUUAUAUACCAGUACUAGUCUGCAUACUCUUCCAGCGGCAGUGCAUGUACGAUAACUCUCGUUGAGCUUUGAGGCCUCUGUCAAUGAAACAAUUAUCUCAAACUUUCCUUUUGGAACGCCUUUAUGUUGUUAUGUACGUUGGAAUCGUUUUAUUUGAUGUCAUGCACUAAUAAAUAUCAACAUUUAAUUGCAGUCUUUAUGUUAUUUCCGCGGUUGACUUGAUGGAGUCUAUUUGUUUUUUAAAACACUGGAAGAUAAAUAUCAAGUAAAAUUGCAAUACGGUUUUUUCUUUA